ACCGACCGAAAAGAAGUCGCGCAUAAAGCUCUUGAAGACGCCGGCUGCCAUUGCGUGGAUAUUCCAAGUAAGCAGAAGCCAAACAGAUAGGAAAACGGGUCCCCAACAAGAUGAUGAACUUCAGCGAUUCGCAGGGCGUGGAGUUCAGCUUGUUCCACGGAGCCCAGGAAUGUGACCAGGCCUCCGCGUUCGGCGGCGACUUCGACUUUGGCCACUCCUGCUUCACCCACUACGGCUGCCCCAGCGAAAUGAGCGACGGGACAGGCCGUGGACGAGGUCGGCCCUCCGCCAGGGUCAACUCCUCCGCCAGCAGGAUCCCCCGCUGCGCCCCGAGUCCUCGCCAAACGCCCCCCGCGGCGCACUCGCCCAGGCCAAAUUACUCCUUUCGCCCCAUCUUCCACGAGAGGAGCAACAACGAGGACGACCAGGUGCUCACCCAGCAGUUGUGGAAGCUGGCCCGCAAGUCGGGCACUCUGAAUCUCUCCAACAAGGCUUUGGCCAGAGUGCCCGAACGACUCUACGACAUCAACGAGGCGGAUACGGAGAGCAAGACCGCGAAUCUGGAACAACUGACAAUCAAGGAGGAGGACGCCUGGUGGAACCAAGUGCCAUUAAACAACCUGGACCUGAGCUCCAAUACGCUAACGCACAUAUCUCCCAAGAUCGAGAACCUGCAGUCGUUGACUGUUCUUACUUUGCAUGAUAAUGCUCUGGUGGAGCUUCCCUCGGAAAUCGGGAAGUUGGAAAAGCUAAUGCGCCUCAAUGUGAGCCACAACAAGCUCAGCCAGCUGCCCCGUUCGAUCUACAGUCUACCUGAGCUGCGACACCUCAACAUUUCGUACAAUGAGUUUAACGAAGUCGAUCCGGACAUCAGUGACCUUCAUAUGCUCGAGUUUCUGGACGGCGGGCAUAACAACAUUCAAUCCCUGCCUGGUGGCAUUGGGUUCCUGGUGCGUCUAACUGCGCUCCUGUUGCCCUACAAUCACAUCAAGGAACUGCCCCCCGAUCUUGUUAACAUGCGCUCUCUGCAAAAGAUUGAUUUGAUGCAAAAUGACCUGACCAGCUUGCCGGAAGAUAUGGGUCUACUGAGGAAGCUGGAAUGCCUUUAUCUGCAGCACAACGAUAUUUUGGAGCUGCCCGAGUUCGAGGGAAAUGAGACCUUGAGCGAAUUGCAUGCCAGCAAUAAUUUUAUAAAGACCAUACCAAAAGCCAUGUGCGGCAACUUGCCACAUUUGAAGAUACUCGAUUUGAGGGACAACAAGAUCACAGAGCUGCCCGACGAGCUGUGCCUGCUGCGCAAUCUGAACCGCCUGGAUUUGUCCAACAAUACGAUCAGUGUGUUGCCAGUCACAUUGUCCUCUUUGGCCCACCUGAUCAGCCUGCAGGUGGAGGGAAAUCCCAUAAAGAUGAUCCGACGCGACAUCCUGCAGUGUGGAACGACGCGGAUUUUGAAGACGCUGCACGAGAGAGCGCUGGCCAAGGCCAAGGAGGAGGGAGGUGGCUCCGAUGGCGGCUUUACAUCAGAUUUACCUGGCAUCAGUGUUACCCGUUUGCGUGGUGGCCAAUCGGACUCUGGGGAUAUGCCCGGCAACUUUCCGGAUAGUAGCUACCAUCAACAACAGCAGCAGGAUGGGUACCAAUAUCAGUGUCCAUAUCCAUGUCAGCAGCAAAUGCAGCAGCACUGUUGUGUAUAUGAACCGCUCAGGAAUUGCCAGGAAUAUGAUCGCCAGACGCAGGGACACAUUUAUGAGCCUGAGAGCUGUCAGCAGCAGCAUCAAAUUGGCAACAUGAGAUCGCUUUUCAUGCAACAUCAGCGGCUAGAAUAUCCCCAUCCAAAUUACUUUAUGUGCCAGCAGCAGCAACAUACGCAGUUUUCCUAUGGGCAGCAUGAUUCCCCUCACUUAGCUGUCCAUCCACGUUGGGUAUACAAAUUACGUCAUACACGUACAUUAGCUGUCAACCUGGAGGAUCUGACUCAAGUGCCCGACCAGGUGUUCCAGAUUGCCAGAGAUGAAGGAGUGCAUGUGGUGGACUUUGCGCGCAACCAGCUGAGCACCUUGCCCAAUGGACUGCAGCUUAUGCAUGAUCUGGUCACGGAGCUGGUUCUAUCCAAUAAUGUUAUCGGCUAUGUUCCCCAGUUUAUCUCCCAGUUUACACGUAUUUCUUUCCUGAAUUUGUCCAACAAUCUGUUGAAUGACCUGCCCAAGGAGUUUGGUGUUUUAAACACUCUGCGGGAACUCAACAUUGCCAACAAUCGUUUCCAGUUCAUUCCCAACUGUGUGUACGAGUUGCAAGGUCUAGAAAUCCUCAUUGCCAGUGAGAACCACAUCAAAACACUAAAUGUUUCGGGUCUGCAGAGCAUGCCACGUCUUAGUACAUUGGAUUUGCGCAAUAAUGAUAUUGAUACAGUGCCGCCCACAUUGGGGAACCUGACCAACAUAACUCACUUGGAACUGGUGGGCAAUCCUUUUCGCCAGCCCCGCCAUCAGAUCCUGAUGAAGGGCACCGAUGCCAUUAUGUCAUACUUGCGGGAUCGCAUACCAACAUAGAAGAGCAAUCAACACAAUGUUUUUGGGAAACACUUCACUAGCAAUAUGUUUAUUUUGAGAAAAAGCUUAAUGGAAAUUUUUAGAGAUUCCCUUGACCAUGUCCACACACAAUCCACCUUUCAUUCUGGAUUGAUUGUGUGUGGACAUGGACGAGUGGAGACGAGACAAGUACAACAUAUGACACACCCUGUGCAUCCACCAAACGAACUAGUCUGCAUGUCGCAAUACUUUUUGCACGUUGUUAAAUCUGGCUGAGCAUCUGCAAUAAAUGGGAAUAGUAGAGAAUA